AUGGCAACGUGGAAGGAGCCAGACGGGGAAGGAGCCCAGGGUGGGAGCUACCAAAACCAGCUCAGGCCCCGGACACCCCAAGAGCCUGGUGCCACGCUCAGGGGGCAGAGCCGGGACAGGCUGCGGGGCUCCACCGGACUGACUGAUACGGUGGAUCCAGAGAGCAAGGCAUGGCCGGAAGCUUCGAGUGGAGGUCCCAGGGCCAGCUCACACUCCACGGAUGAAUCUGAGACCACCAGUUCAGUCCACCCGGAAGUACUCUUCUUCCCUCGCCACACCUUCCCCCUACCCCAGGAGCUCUCACGCCCCUGCCCCGUGACCAAGCCCCAGCAUGAGGACAAGAUGGGUCAAGUCUCCACAGAGAAAUGGACGGGGACCAAGUGGAGCCUGGGUGGAUCCAUGGUCCAUGGAAUACGCUCUGAGAAGGGAUACCCUUCUCAAACACAACCCCUGAGGGCAUAUCUGAACCCAUCCUGCGGCCACAUUCUGGAAAGCGAGAGCCCAGGAGGAACCAUCAUUGCCAGUUCGGGGGUCUUCUGUGUCACGAUGGCUGGCAUGUUUGACCCUUUCUUCUACCCCAGAAGGAGCGCCUCCCUCUGUCGUCUGCAGCCAAGGUCGUUGGCCCAAGUCCUGGACGCAGAAGCCUACGGAUCAGCCAGCAGGAUUCCCAGACCGGAAUUGAGGGGGGUCCCGCCGCAGCAGGCCCUCAGCCCAGCCCAGCCGGUCCAGAGAUACCUGCCCCAGCAGCUGAGCCCACCCGGCUUCCUGCCUCCCAACUGGCACCAGGAGCCCAGGAAGAGGAGCAGCCUUCUCAAGGAGCUGGGCGCCCUCCAUGUUGUCAACGCCCUGCUGCACGUGUUCUUUGGGAGUUACUUGGUGACUGCUGUCGAGAGUCUUCACCUGGUGGUGCUGAAGUCUUGGUACCCAUUCUGGGGGGCUGCCCCUUUCCUCAUUUCAGGGAUCUUGGUGAUCACGAUGGAGAUGGUUUCGAAGACUUAUCUGAAGAUACUUUGCCUGACGGCCCACGGCGUCAGCUUCUUCUGCGUGCUGGCGGGCCUCUUUGUCAUCGCCAAAGACCUCUUCCUGGAGAGUCCAUUUGAUUUCCCGAUCUGGACACCGUACCCCAACAGCACAGUCUACAUCCAGAGGCUGGAGCUAGCUCUGCUCUGUUUCACCUUCCUGGAAUUCUUCCUGCUGAGCUCCACAGCCAUCACAGUCUGCAGGGAGGGCCACCGGUCUGCAGAGGAAGAUGACUUGUCCCUUGUUCCGGACACAUCGUUGGGGUUCAGGGGGCCAUCGAUGAGUCCUCCACCAUCCUACCAGGACGUGACUCUGGGUGCCAUGUCAGACAAGCCAAAGCAGAGGUGAAGAUUGAUGCCCACCGUGCUGUGUCUGGAGGAAGACCACCAAGAGCAACCACAACACAGUCCUAGCGUCUCUGGGGUGGAGCCAGGCACAAACGAUCACACAAAUAAAUAUGCAACUGCUGUAA